UGCGGAGGAGCGGAGCGCCCUGAAGGUCGCGCAGGGCCGAACCGGGGUCCGGGCACCGCUACUAUGGACAUCUCGCCACUGGCGGGCAAGAUCGCGGCUCUGUCGCUCGGCGCCCUCCCUGUGUCCUACGCGCUCAAUCACGCCUCAGCGCUCUCGCACCCCCUUGGCGUGGCCUUGAUGAGUGCCCUGAUCCUGGGCCAGCUCUUUGUGGCUAUCUAUAGCUUGUCCCGUGGGGAGAUCUGCUACGAUCCACUCUAUGCUGUGUUUGCAGUCUUUGCCUUCACCUCAGUGGUGGACCUCCUUAUUGCUCUCCAGGAAGAUGGCUACAUGGUGGGCUUCAUGGAGUUCUACACCAAGGAGGGUGAGCCAUACUUGCGCACUGCGCACGGGGUCUUCAUCUGCUACUGGGAUGGCAUCGUUCACUACUUCCUUUACCUGGCCAUGGCUGGUGCCAUCCGCAGAAGGAGAAGGUAUCGGAACCUUGGACUGUACUGGCUGGGGUCCUUUGUCAUGAGCAUCCUGGUGUUUCUCCCAGGAAACAUCCUUGGGAAAUACAGCUCAGAAAUCAGGCCUGCCUCCUUCCUCACCAUCCCAUAUGUGCUGGUCCCAUGCUGGGCUGGUGUGAGGGUCUUUAACCAGUCCCCAGCACCAACCUGCUGCACCACCAACGUGGUGCAGGAGGAACAAAGAAAGGGUCUCUUGAAGCGCCCGGCUGACCUGGCCCUCUUCAUAUACCUCAUCCUUGCUGGGUUCUUCACUCUCUUCCGGGGCCUUGUGGUGCUCGACUGCCCCACAGAUGCCUGCUUUGUCUAUAUCUAUCAAUAUGAACCAUAUCUGCGAGACCCUGUGGCCUACCCAAAGGUGCAGAUGCUGGUGUACAUGUUCUAUGCAUUGCCCUUCUAUGGCCUGGCUGCCUAUGCACUUAUCUUCCCUGGAUGUUCCUGGCUGCCUGACUGGGCCUUGGUGUUUGCUGGCGCCAUUGGCCAGGCACAGUUUUCACACAUGGGUGCCUCCAUGCACCUGCGCACACCCUUCACCUACCGUGUGCCGGAGGAUGCCUGGGCCUGCUUCUUCGUGUGCAACCUGCUGUAUGCACUGGGCCCCCACCUGUUGGCAUUUCGUUGCCUGCUGUGGCCAGCCUUCUUCCAGCGCCUGCCGCCCAGAUCCCCAGCCCCCCACAAGAAGCAGAACUGA